AUGAGCACCCUCAAGCGGAAAGGGGCGCCAUCUGGCAAUGCCUCAAAGAAAGAUUCUCCCUCUAAGAAGGUGAAAUCAGAGAAACCGGCCGACAAGACUUCCGAAAAGAAGACCUCCAGAACCCCCGAGAAGAAGGCCUCCAAGUCGACCGAUAAGACCGCUUCCUCUGCGCCAUCGAUCGCGCGUGUCAAAGACGAGGAGCCUCUCUUCCCCAGAGGCGGUGGCAGCGUUCUCACCCCUCUCGAGCAUAAGCAGAUCACCAUCCAAGCGAAGCAAGACGCUCUUUUUGAGGAAGAGUCAGGCAAGGCGACAAAGAAGGGGGAUAAGGAUUCAAAGAAAAAGAAGCGCAAGUCCUCGGGCAAAGAUGACAAGAAGAGUGGCAAACCCGCCCACGACCCCGACGCUGUUAAGAUCGAGGGUCUCAAUUACAAGCGCCUGGUAAAAGGUUCACUUGUCCUCGGUCAAGUCUGCGACAUCAACGAUCUCGAGCUUGCCGUGGCGCUACCGAACAAUCUCGUUGGGCAUGUUUCCAUCACCUCGAUCUCCCCUGGUGUCACGAAACGAGUCGAGGCGGCGGCGGCAGCAGACGACAGCGACGAUGACGAACAAGAGUCAGCCGAAGACGAUGUCGACCUCAAAACUCUUUUUGAAGUAGGCCAAUACGUUCGAGCCUAUGUCGUAUCCACCGUCGAGGACUCGUCCGCGCUGCCAAGCAAAUCAAAGAGGCGGAUAGAACUGUCCCUGCGACCAGAGGACACCAAUUCCACGAUUACCAAACAAGAUCUGGUUGCGAACAGCACAGUGAUGGCUGCUGUAGCUAGUGUGGAGGAUCAUGGAUACGUGAUGGACCUUGGUCUCGCAGAAACAAAGAUUACUGGGUUUCUGCCAAAAAAGGAGGUCGAUCCUGCGACCGCGGAGGAUCAGUUACAGCCGGGAAGUGUUUUCCUGUGUAUGGCUACGGGCCUGAGCGGAAAUCGCAAGGUUGUUCAGUUGACGACUCGCAGCGACAAGAUGGCCAGCCCGAAGAGCUUCCCAUCCGAAGCCACAACGGUCGACACUUUUACCCCGGGCACGGCCGUCGAUGUUCUCGUAUCUGAGGUAUCCGAACGGGGCAUCAUCGGAAAGGUUUUGGGCCAUCUCGAUGUCACUGCCGAUCAUGUCCACUCCGGAGUUGGUCCGCAUGGCACAGAUCUGGAGGCCAAGUACAAAGUUGGCUCGAAGCUCAAGGCCAGGGUGAUCUGCACAUUUCCAGACGCGAGGCAACCUAAGCUGGGCAUCUCGAUCCUGGAUCAUGUCCUAGCCUUCAAGGCCCCGAGCGCUCGAGUCGAAGGCGGCGAGAAGAAGCCGCUGGAUGCACUCCCAAUGUCUUCGGUGGUCGAGAACUGCGUGGUCAAAAAGGUCGAGGCGGAUAUUGGUCUUUUUGUUGACGUGGGUGUCGAAGACGUGCCUGGAUUUGUGCACAUAUCUCGAGUCAAGGACGGGAAAGUCGACGGACUGUACGAGUCCAGCGGCCCCUACAAACUAGAUUCGGUACACCGGGGCAGAGUGGUAGGCUACAACGCCUUUGACGGGCUGUUCCUGCUCUCCCUCCAGAACAGCGUCCUCGAACAACCAUUCUUGCGCGUGGAAGACGUCCCUGUCGGAGACGUCGUCGACGGCGUUGUGGAGAAGAUCGUGGUCGGUGAGAAUGGCGUGCACGGAGUCAUAGUCAAGAUCGCUGAAGGCAUAUCUGGGCUCGUCCCUGAGACGCACCUCUCCGACGUUCGACUACUACAUCCCGAGAAGAAGUUCAAAGUUGGCUUGAAGGUCAAGGCACGAGUCUUGUCGACAGACCCCUACAAGCGACAACUGCGCCUCACGCUGAAGAAGACUUUGGUCAACUCAGAUGCUGCUCCGAUCAAGGAAUUUGAAGAGGUUUCCAUCGGAAUGCAAGUACUGGGAACGAUCAUUAAUGUGUUGCAGAACGGCGCUGUUGUUCAGUUCUAUGGACGCCUGCGAGGCUUCCUCCCGCUGUCUGAGAUGAGCGAGGCUUACAUUCAGAACCCCAAGGAGCACUUCCGACAAGGUCAAGUUGUUAAUGUCCAUGUCAUUGAUGUGGAUGCUGCUACAAGUCGACUUAUUGUCUCAUGCAAAGACCCUGCUGCUUUCGGGAUGGACAAGCAGUUGGCUCUGAAGAACCUCAGCAUUGGUGACGUUGUUUCGGGCAAAGUUAGUCAAAAGACUGAGGACGAUGUUUUCGUUGAGCUUCAAGACAGCCUGCUCAAGGCGGUGCUCCCCGUUGGACAGCUGACGGACAAGAGUCGUGCUAAGAACCUGGCUGCGCUGAAGAGGAUAUAUGUAGCUGCCAAGAACGGAAAACUGCCCUCCAACUGGGAGAAGGUCAAAGCCGGUGGCUUGAUCCAUGGAUUUGUUCGAAAUGUCACACCAACUGCUGUCUUCGUGCAGUUUGGUGGCAACGCGACAGCUCUGCUUCCAGCCGCCAUGAUACCCCAAGAACAACAAAAAGAGCAGGACUUUGGUUUGCAAAAGCUACAGUCCCUAUCUGUCAAGGUUGUUUCUGUUGACCGCGACCAUUCCCGCGCUGUCGUUGCUAUUCCCUCUGUCGCUGAUGCCAAGGAGCAGAAGUCAACCAAGCCCUCUACAAAACCAGUGGAGAACCCUGUGGACGAUUCAAUCAAGAGCGAAGACGACAUUGUUGUUGGCAGAGUCACAAAGGCCAAGAUCAUAUCUAUCAAGAGCACACAGCUUAACGUUCAGCUUGCUGAUAACCUUCAAGGACGUGUGGAUGUUUCCCAAGUCUUCGACUCGUGGGAUGAGAUUCGACACCCGAAGAACCCACUUCAGAAGUUCAAGCCGAAGCAGACUAUCAAGGUCAAGGUUCUAGGGGUCCAUGAUGCAAGGAAUCAUCGCUUCUUGCCGAUCUCGCAUCGCUCAACGCAUUCUCUCAUCGAACUAUCCGCCAAGCCAAGCGAUCUGCAGGAGGAGGGUAGCUGCGAGCCCCUCGCACUGGACCGGAUCACAGAAGGUUCGGAAUGGGUGGGCUUCGUGAACAACAUCAAGGCGAACUAUAUCUGGGUUAAUCUUUCGCCCUCUGUCCGAGGAAGAAUGGCCGCCAGCGAUGCUUCCGAUGACCUUGCCCAGCUCGGCAAUCUCUCUGGCAACUUCCCUAUUGGCUGUGCCAUCAAGGUACGGGUCAAGGCUGUUGAAGCGUCCAAGAAUCGCCUUGACCUCACAGCUAGGACCUCGGACGACUCUAAUGCCAUCACCUGGGACAAUAUCAAGAAGGGCUUGGUCCUUCCCGGCAAGGUGACCAAAGUCACUGACAGAUCUGUUCUGGUCCAGUUGAGCGAGGAUGUCUCCGCUCCUGUGCACCUUGUUGACUUGGCAGACGAUUAUGACGAAGCCAGCCCAAAGAGCUUCACGAGGAAUGAGAUCGUUCGAGUGGCUGUCGUCGAUGUCGACGCAAGCAACAAGAAAGUCCGGCUUUCGACACGUCCCUCGCGAGUCCUCAACUCUGCUUUGCCGGUCAAGGACCGUGAGAUCACCCUAGUUUCUGGCCUCAAGACGGGUGACAUCGUACGAGGCUUUGUUAGGCAUGUUGCAGACCAAGGCUUGUUUGUCAACCUUGGUGGCCAUGUCACAGCCUUCGUCAAGAUCACGGACCUAUCGGACAUCUUUUUGAAGAGGUGGAAGGAGCAUUUCCGGAUGGACCAACUCGUGAAAGGCCGUAUUAUAGCCAUUGAUUCAGCCCUUGGACAGGUCAAUCUGAGCCUGAAGGCUUCUCUUGUCGAGCACGACUACGUACCUCCUCCUACUCUUGCCGAUUUCAAGGAAGGCGAGGUAGUGAAGGGCAAAGUCCGCAGUGUCGAAGACUUUGGCGCUUUUAUUGUCAUCGAUGGGUCCGCAAACGUCAGCGGGCUCUGCCAUCGGAGCCAGAUGGCGGAGAAAAACGUCAAGGAUGCCAGGAAACUCUACAGUGCUGGGGACGUUGUGAAGGCCCGGAUUCUGAAGAUCGAUUCUGAGAAGAAUCAGAUCAGCUUCGGGCUCAAGGCAUCCUACUUUGAGGAUGGCGAUGAAGAUUCGGACGCAGAUAACUCGGAUGAUGAAGCAGGCGUAGCGUUGGAUUCUGACGCAGAGGACGACAGCGACGAGGACGAUGAGUUCAUGGAUGCCGCUGAGGUCAUCAUCCAAGGCACAGACAACCUUGAUGAUUCAGACGAGGAGGAUGAAGACACUGCAAUGGUUGACGCAUCUUCUGGAGAUACUGGUGGCCUCGAUGCCGGUGGUUUCGAUUGGUCUGCUGGGGCUCUGGACGAAGCAGGUGACGAGUCAGAUGCUGAAGCAGACGAAGCCGAUGACAGCAAGGAGAAAAAGAAGAAGAAGAGGAAAGCGGAGAUCCAAGUUGAUCGGACGGCUCAAUUGGAUGUCAACGGACCCCAGACCGCGGAGGAUUACGAAAGGCUCCUGCUUGGACAACCGGAUUCCUCUGACCUAUGGAUUCGUUACAUGGCUUUCCAGGUGCAAGUCAGUGAGCCAGCGAGGGCACGCGAGAUUGCAGAACGUGCCCUCAAGACAGUCAACAUACGCGAGGAGUCAGAGAAGCUCAACGUGUGGAUCGCUUAUCUGAACUUGGAGAACAACUUCGGGACGGAUGAGACGCUGGCCGAGGUCUUCAAACGGGCGUGUCUGUAUAAUGACGAGCAGGUGGUACACGAGCGGCUGAUCAACAUCUACAUCAUUACCGGAAAACAGGAUAAAGCCGACGAGCUCUACCAGGCCAUGAUCAAGAAGUUUGGUGCCAAGUCACCACAAGUCUGGACCAACUAUGCAAACUUCCUCCACAACACUGUGAAGGAUGCAGAGCGUGCUCGUGCACUCAUCCAUCGCGCGACACAACGACUCCCCUCUCAAACUCACCUCCCUCUGAUGACCAAGUUUGCCAGCUUGGAGUUCCGGUCCGCCAGCGGAGAUCCAGAGCACGGCCGAACAGUGUUCGAGGGUAUACUGUCCGCGUACCCCAAGAAGUUUGACCUCUGGAACCAGCUGCUCGAUUUGGAAACCUCGGCGUACAACGCGGCGAAGAAGAACGAGGAUGGCAAGGCCGACCCCACCCACGUCAGGGAGGUCUUUGAGCGCGGCACAAAGACCAAGGGGCUCAAGCCGCUCAAGGCCAAGAAGUGGUUCCAGAGAUGGGCCAAGUGGGAGCAGGACAACGGCGACGCCAGGAGCAAAGAGAAGGUGAUGGCCAAGGCCACGGAAUGGACGAGGGAGGCCGAGGCGAGGAAGCAGAAGGGCGAGGACGAGGAUGAGGAGUGA